AUGUCUGCGCCUGGAUAUAUCAAAGGACAGAUCACGAGGGCAGCAAAUGUCCUGAAGGAGAAGAUCGUGGAAACAGAAGCGACUGUGGCCGAAAUUCUCAACUACGAACACCAAGCUGGGAACUACGGCGACAAGAGAACAGCAACGAAAUUCGCUAAGCGGCUCCUGGAAGCUCAAGUCGGUCUGAGUCACUGGAUGAAUAAUCUCACCAACGCCUGGAAGCGAGGCGAAGAACAUGUUAAGCAGCUUGAAAAGGAAGAAACUCGCUAUCAAGUACUUCAGGAGUUCACAGACCAUUGGGAGAAGAGUAGUGCAGAGAAGAACAUGUUCGACGCACAGCUACUCACGCAAUCAACGGAAUAUCUGAAGCAGGUCGUGGAAGAGAGCUUAUCCAACGACACCAAACCGACCAGAGCUCAGUCCAAAGCUAGUGCAGAAUUCGAGGUUCAACUACCGAGACUGGAGAUACCCCACUUCCAAGGAGAUAUGGUCGAAUUCCCCGAGUUCUGGGAACUCUAUAAGCUGGCAGUUCACGAAAAUCCAACCCUCGGAGCACCAGCAAAAUUCCUCCAUUUGAAGAGCGUCUUGAAGGGCACAGCCAAAGAUCUCAUGGCCUCAAUGACGCUAUCGGCGGAGAACUACCCGAAAGCCAUUGAACUACUCCUUAAUACAUACAAUAGGCCGGACGUUCUGCGUAACAGGCUCGUAGAACAACUGGAGGCAUUGCCUCCCUCAGGAAAAGCCGUCACAGAACAACGUAUUACACUGUGCAAAAUCAAGGCCAUAUGGGUUCAACUGGCCAAUCUCGCCGAACAACCGGGUUCGACGAUGACGAUGAGGACAGUUCGCUCGAAAUUUCCCAAGAAGACAAGGGAAAAGGUUGGGGAGAAACGAAGGAAAGGCGACAACUGGACGACUGAGGACUUGAUUGAUGCAUUCGAUGAAGUCAUCGACCAGUUGGAAAUCAUCGAAGACACUAAUCCAACCCCAACAACGAAAUCAAGGUCACAUACGGUUAAUAAUUCGCGCAGUCCAAUACGCCCUAAAAAGUCAGCACCGGGAAAAGCUCGAAGAGGUAGCAGCAUUGAAUCCAGCACAGGACACUUACCGAGAAGAACCAUGAAGGGCAAGGACAAGUCACUUAAUUCGAAGGAUGCACGAUGCAGCUUCUGCUUGCAAGCCAAGCACAGGACUGCGGAUUGCGACGAAGUGACGUCUCCAUAUGAAAGAAGAGAAGCGGUAGUACACCAUCGACUGUGUUGGAAAUGUCUGAAACAAGGACACAAGAGCUUGGAUUGCGACGCACCCGUAUGCUACAAAUGUGGCCGGAAUCAUCACAAAUCCCUCUGCCUUCAACGCAGAUCCUCAUUCAGUCCAAGAAGAUCGAGCAGCCCAAGGAACAGAUAUCUAAGAAGGAAUAGUUCGGCAGAUAGUUACUCCUCAGAAGUAAGCAGAAGAGACAGUUCAAGAUCGAAGUCUCGUUCUCCGAGUCCAGACAACAGAGGAAGAUCACCCACAAGAAGAACAAGGACUUACCGCAAAGGAUCUCCUCACCCAAAAGUCGGAUUCAGAAAAUCGCCGAGAACCUAUGCUUACUCCAACUCAUCUCCUACUCCAACCUCGGAUCACAGCGAAACGAAACAUACGGCUUAUUCCGAACUAGAUUCUUACUCAGAUGAUUCUGAGGAAGAAACCUUUCGAGUUAACACAGUAAGUUCAAAAUUCAUUACUUCUCAUGCACUAAGUAAGAAACACAAGCCUAGUGGGGAUAAAGUUAUCAAAAUGCUUAACCCACCACGAUUAAUGGUAGUUCAAGCACUGACUAUUAAUAAAACCACUAAGUCAAAACAACUUAUUACAGUACUCCUGGAUAGUGGCUCACAACACAGCUACAUUAGAAAGGAUACUGCACGCAACUUAGGACUUAAACUCAAGAAUCCGCAGAAUAUUACAGCCCUAACGUUCGGAGGCCAUUUACAUACAGAAAGAUCGUAUCGUGUGAAAAUUGAACUCCAGAACCAGAAGAGUGGUCUCCCAACAAAACUUUACUUAUGGACACGCAAGGUCAUCACCUCCGUCGAAGUAAGUAACACCGACGACAACCUCGGCAAACACCAUAAAAGGAGCAAGACCAAGGAGAAGGAAGUCGAUAUUCUUAUCGGAAUGGACUACUACUGGGACGUAGUAGAUUUCAGCUCCAGCCGUCAGCUCCCUUCAGGCCUAGUUGAGUCGGAAACUACACUUGGACCAGUUUUGUCGGGAUGCCAGUCUUCUACUUCAUCUGCAGUACACACCGCCUCAGAGACCGACCUUCAGCAAGAAGAUCAGACACGCGAAACGGAUCGCAUAGUCCAACACCUGUUCGGUCUAGAGUCUCUCGAAACCAAAGAUGAAGUAGACGAGUCGAACGAGAGUAUAAUAAAACACUACUACAACACAAAAGGACAACCCUUCAGCAACCUAAUCUUCGCCAAAGCAAAGCUGGCAGAAAUGAAGAAAACGUCUAUCCCAAGGUUGGAACUGGUAGGCUCCGUGCUGGCAGCGAAAUUGGUUCGCUUCCUUCGAAAACAACUAAACAUCCCACUUAAUUCAGUGCAAAUCCUAUCAGAUUCACAGAUAGCUCUUUAUUGGAUACACUCCAAUAAACAGCUCAAAACUUUCGUCAGCAACAGGGUAAAAUACAUCAAAGAGGUAACAAAAGAACUCACAGAUGCAAAAAUACCCUAUAAAUUUCACUACGUUAAUACAGAUAGCAAUCCAGCAGAUUGCGCGACCAGAGGAUUAUCAGCCUCUGAACUGAAGGAUCACAUGUGGUGGCAUGGCCCGCAGUUCAUACUCGAUUCACCCAAAAAAUGGCCUAACACGAGUAUGGACUUUAGUGCAAAGGCUACUCCACCAAAGGAAGCUCAAGAAGAAUUCAAGUCCACAAUAACCACUUCUUUGGAAAUUUACAAGUCAUUUAUCCCAUUUACCAGGACUAACUCAUACAAGAAAUUAGUCCGAGUAACCUCUUACGUCCUCAAGUAUGUGGCUAACCUCUGGCGGAAAAGCAGGAAAACCAACCAGGGCGAGGACACCAGAAUCCGGAUCAUCAACCUGAUGUCAGAAGAGCUCACUCUCACGACAAGCGACAUUAAAGCAGCGGAAGUCCUCCUCCUCCGCGAACACUAUCGCGAAGGAGCCUCCGAGUUGCAGAGUCGCAUAGUUCAACGCCUCCGGAUAUCACUGUGCGAAGACGGAACUUACCGUGGAGAUCUGCGAAUGGCCAACGCAGAGAUAACGGAUUCGGCAAAGAACCCAAUUCUACUGCUACCAAAACAUCAUCUCACCAAGUUGAUCGUCACAGACCUCCAUGAAAAGCUAUUCCACGCCGGAGCUUCACACCUGAUAUCCGAGCUGAGAAGGUCAUUCAACUCAAGCAACCAAUUAAGGACCUUAGAAUCCCACGAGGACAUCAAUAACUCAUAUGUGUUACUCCAAGACACGCUUAACACAUUUUGGAAUCAGUGGCAAAAAGAAUAUCUACAAACCCUUGCCGAACGCAAUCAAAAACGAACACCAUUAAAGAAAGGUGCAAAAGAUACUCCAAAAAUCGGCGAUGUAGUACUCGUGAAAACAGAAAAUAUUUCAAGGUCACAAUGGCCCCUAGGUCUUAUAGUACAAAUUAACGACUCAGUAGAUGGAUCAAUUCGUUCAGUCAGAAUAAAAACUGGCAACAAUAAGUUCUUGGAUCGAUCCAUCAAUCAACUUAUUCCUCUGGAAGUUUGCGCGUCGGAAGAACGAAGUGUACUACAAUCAAAGAAACAAAAUCAACCGACCCGCAUUCAACCAGAUAGAAGAGCGAAAAGACGA